AUGAUCGAUGCAUCCGGGCUGAACCCAAGUUGGGUGAUGGACCACAUCGAGGACUACCAUCUCGGAAACGACCACAUUGGCAGAUGGCAGCGUUACGUGAGGAGCUGCCGCUGGAAGGAACUCGCAGCAAAAUUUACCAACGACAUUCAGCAACUGGAGAAGAUCAACAGGACCAUCCACUCGAGCAACAGCAGGCGAUGCAACAUCAUGUUCAACAUCCAGAACACCACACGGCAAAUUUUCGCACGGCUAGAUGGAGCCCAAGACUUUGAACUGAGUGAAAAGGCAUUGAAGAUGGACGAGGGCUACGAGGGCACAUCGGCCUCAUCAUCGACAAAGUCAACGGUCAGCUCGGAUGAUUCGAGAGAUUUAGCAGAGCCAUUGGAGGAUGUGAGUCGUUGCAGGACAAUUUGA